AUGUGGAGCACAGAGCCACAGCGGCCCAUCCACUCCCUCCUCUCCCUCCUCCCCCUUCCAUCCCUCCCCUCCCUCCCAUCCCUCCCUUUCCUCCCCUCCUCUCCACCCCUCCCUCCCCUCCAUUCCACCCUCGCCCCCCACGCCCUGCUUCCCACCCACAUCCGCCUCUCCAGCAGGCACGGCCGGCAGGUGCCGCCCGAUCGCCACAGGUGCAGUGGUGGUGGCUGUGAGGUGGCGGGGCGGUGGAGCGAGGCGGGUGUGGGCGUGGUGGCAGGCGAGGAGCAGCAUCAUGGCGGUGUCGGGCUGUUAGACUGCCCGCCGCCACAAACAGCGUCACCGCACUGCACCGUGGGGGAAGGGGGAGGGGGGAGUGAGGGUGUGUGGCAAUGA